AUGGAAGAGGCGGGUAGUUUAUUAGUUGGUGAUGCGUGGUGGAGGGUGAUAGGAGUGUUGAUGGUAAGAGAUUUAAUGGUGGUCAUGGAUGAAAUAUGGACAUGGCUGAAGACAAUGGAUGGGGUGGAUAAAUCCUUCACCCCAACUCCCAACUCACUCUCUUCAUCGAUCCAAUCGACACUUACUUCAUUCAUCUUAUCAAAUCUGAAAUCAUCACUCUUAAAGGUUUUCAUGUGUAAGAUUACACAGGGUAAACUUCAUAUUGUCAUGGAUGGAGAGAAGUUUCAAGAGAAAUACAAUGGAUUGUUCUUGAAAUGCUCGAAUUUGCUGGAAUUAGCAGCUGCUGAUGAUGUUUCUGGGUUUAUUAACAUGGUGGAAGAGAAGGGGGGAAAUUUAGAUGAGAUCAGCUUUUGCAUUCAUGUUGUCAAAUACAUAAUCAACACGAAGAAGGUUGAUGUUAACAGAAUCUCCGAUUCCGACGGCGCCACCGCUCUCCACUGCGCUGCUUCAGGUGGGUCUCCGAUGUCCGUUGAGGUUGUGAAGCUUUUGCUUCAAGCUUCCGCCGAUGUUAACUUAACCGACGGUGAAGGCAACAAACCCGGCGACUUGAUUGCUCGUGGGAUCAAAUCAACAAAACCAAGAGUUUUGGAGAUGUUGUUGAGGGGUUUUGGGAUUGAAGAUGGAAGCGAUGAAGAACAAAUCGAAGAAAAAGAAGUUGUUUCCGCUAAAAAGGAGUAUCCAGUUGAUGUAUCGAUGCCUGAUAUCAACAAUGGCGUUUAUGGGUCCGAUGAGUUUAGGAUGUAUACGUUUAAGGUGAAACCAUGCUCAAGAGCUUACACUCAUGACUGGACAGAGUGCCCGUUCGUUCAUCCCGGCGAGAACGCCCGCCGCCGUGACCUCAGAAAGUUUAACUACAGCUGCGUUCCUUGCCCGGAGUUUCGAAAAGGAAGCUGUGUGAAAGGAGAUUCCUGCGAAUAUGCACAUGGAGUGGUGGAGGAGCUCCGGCCAGUGUACGCUUCUACUGGAUCAGCUCUUCCUUCUCCAAAAUCAGGAUCUGUUGCUGUAAAUUCAAUGGAAAUGGGUUCGAUGAGCCCAUUGGCGCUUGGUUCAACUCCACCGAUGUCCCCUCCUACAUCUCCGAUGUGGCAGAACAAGGUGAAUCAUUUGACGCCGCCGGCGCUGCAACUUCCGGGGAGUAGGUUGAAGACGGCUUUGAACGCAAGAGAUUUGGAAAUCGAUAUGGAGUUGCUUGGAUCGGAGAACAUUAGAACUCAACAGCAACAACGAAGGCAAAUGAUCGAUGAUCUAGCAACUAAUCUUUACAACCACAACAAUCGAUUUGGGGAACUGAAUUUAAAACCAACUAAUCUCGACGACGUUUUUGGAUCUCUUGAUCAGUCUUUAUUAUCCCAAUUUCAUGGGUUAUCUCCGAAAGUGUCAUCUUCAAUGACAAACUCACCUAUCCAGUUGCAAUCUCCAACCAGUCAUCAACAAUUCCGACAAAAUUCAAACCCACUUCGUGCGUCCUACCCUUCACCAAACUACUCAUCUUCUCCGGUGAGAAAACCGGCUAGUUAUGGGUUUGAUUCGUCGGCGGCAGUUGCUCAGGCAGUCAUGAAUUCGAGAUCUGGUUCCUUCACCAAGCAACGCAGUCAGAGCUUCAUCGACCGAGGAGCAGGAGCCACCAUGAGUCUCCGGUCAGUCCCUCAACAAACCUCCACUUUUACCGAAUGGGGUUCGCCGGACGGGAAACUGGAGUGGGGUUACAGUGGUGAAGAUGCAAAUAAGCUUAGAAAAUCUGCAUCUUUCGGAUACGGUGGUGGUGCAGCUGUAAAUAUGAAUAAUGAACCAGAUGUUUCAUGGGUGAAUACACUGGUUAAAGAUGUUGGAGUUGGGCUGCAUAGUUCACCGGAAAAGCAUAGAUACGGCGGCGCCGGCGGGGAUAAACUGCCGCAGUGGAUUGAGCAGAUGUAUAUAGAGCAGGAGCAGAUGGUGGCAUAA